AUGUUCAAGCGAAUAAUGAAGGGAGGGCAGAAGAAGCCCUCCAAGACGGACCCGAGCGAUCCGACACCCGUCGGUCCGAUGCCCACGGUCGCCGCUCCAGAGGUGGUCGUGCCACCGCCGCCGGGGACCAUAGAGCCGCUACCGCUGUUCCGCGACGUGGCGGUGACGGAGCGGCAGAACCUCUUCAUCCGGAAGCUCCAGAUAUGCUGCCACGUGCUAGACUUCUCGGACACGCUGAAGUGCAUUCGCGAGAAGGAAAUCAAGAGGCAGACGCUGAUGGAGCUCGUGGAUUUCAUUCAAUCGGGUUCGGGGAAGAUAACGGAGACGUGCCAGGAGGAGAUGAUCAAAAUGGUUUCGGCCAACAUUUUUCGGUGCCUCCCGCCGGCCGGGCACGAAAACACCGGGCAGGAAGCCACCGAUCCGGAGGAGGAGGAGCCGUGCCUCGAGCCCGCGUGGCCGCACCUUCAGCUCGUCUACGAGCUUCUCCUGAGAUACGUCGUUUCCUCUGAUACUGACACAAAGGUUGCGAAACGGUACAUUGAUCAUUCUUUUGUCCUCAAACUGCUUGAUUUGUUUGGCUCUGAGGACCCACGUGAGCGUGAGUACUUAAAAACCAUACUGCAUCGCGUGUACGGGAAAUUCAUGGUUCAUCGCCCCUUUAUUAGGAAGGCAAUUAACAACAUAUUUUUUCGGUUUAUAUAUGAGACGGAGCGGCAUAGUGGUAUAGGGGAGCUUCUUGAGAUUCUGGGGAGCAUUAUUAAUGGCUUUGCACUGCCGAUGAAGGAAGAACAUAAGUUGUUUCUAUCGAGGGCGCUUCUGCCUCUGCAUAAGCCCAAGCCGGUUGGUGUGUAUCACCAGCAGUUGUCGUAUUGCAUUGCGCAGUUUGUGGAGAAGGAUUACAAGCUCGCAGAUACAGUCAUUAGGGGCUUGUUGAAGUAUUGGCCUGUGACUAAUUGCCAGAAGGAGGUUCUCUUCCUUGGGGAACUUGAGGAGGUGCUGGAGGCCACGCAAGCGGCGGAAUUCCAACGCUGCAUGGUCCCUCUUUUUAGACAGGUUGCCCGCUGCCUCAAUAGUUCUCACUUUCAGGUUGCAGAACGAACUCUCUUUUUGUGGAACAAUGAGCACAUUGUCAGCUUAAUUGCCCAAAACAGGACUGUAGUAUUACCCAUAAUAUUUGAAGCAUUGGAGAAAAAUGUCCAGAGUCAUUGGAACCAGGCUGUUCACGGGCUGACCGUGAAUGUUCAGAAAAUGUUCCUAGAAAUGGAUGCAGAUUUAUUUGAAGAGUGCCAGAGACAGUAUGCAGAGAGGGAGGCUAAAGCAAAAGAUUUAGAAGAGCAGCGGGAGUUGAAUUGGAAAAGACUGGCAGAGGCAGCUGCACAGAAUGGGGUGGAUAUGGUCACAGCUUAG